GACCAAGGCUUCUGGUUUUUGCUGGGUUUUGCUUUUUUGCUGGGCUUUCCUAUACAGUUCAUACCCUUCCAGCCAUCAUAACAAAUUUUUAGAAUCAGGAAGAAAUAUAUUAAUACGUGUUUUCUGUUUCUUUUUGCAGGCCAUCCGCUGUACACUGGUAAAUUGCACAUGUGAAUGUUUUCAGCCAGGGAAGAUUAACCUGAGAACCUGUGAUCAGUGUAAACAUGGCUGGGUGGCACAUGCUUUGGACAAACUUAGUACUCAGCACCUCUAUCACCCAACUCAAGUGGAGAUUGUGCAGUCCAACGUUGUAUUUGACAUCAGCAGCCUGAUGCUCUACGGUACUCAGGCUGUGCCUGUGAGACUGAAGAUUCUGCUUGACCGACUCUUCAGUGUACUGAAGCAAGAGGAGGUGUUGCAUAUUCUCCAUGGCUUAGGCUGGACACUUCGAGACUAUGUUCGAGGCUACAUUCUUCAGGAUGCUGCAGGCAAGGUGCUGGACCGCUGGGCCAUCAUGUCCAGGGAAGAAGAGAUCAUUACCCUUCAGCAGUUCCUGAGAUUUGGAGAAACGAAAUCUAUCGUGGAGCUGAUGGCAAUUCAAGAAAAAGAAGGGCAGGCUGUGGCUGUGCCAUCUUCAAAGACAGAUUCAGAUAUAAGGACUUUUAUUGAAAGCAAUAAUCGCACCAGGAGCCCAAGUCUCCUUGCUCACCUGGAGAAUAGCAACCCUUCCAGCAUUCAUCAUUUUGAAAACAUCCCAAAUAGCCUUGCAUUCCUGCUUCCAUUCCAGUACAUAAAUCCAGUCUCUGCUCCACUGCUGGGGCUGCCUCCAAACGGCCUCCUGCUGGAACAGCCAGCAAUGAGGCUCCGUGAACCAAGCCUUACGACCCAAAAUGAGUAUAAUGAGAGUAGUGAAUCUGAAGUUUCCCCUACACCUUUCAAGAAUGAGCAAGCAUCCAGCAGGAAUGCUUUGACCAGCAUUACAAAUGUGGAGCCCAAAACUGAGCCAGCCUGUGUCUCUCCUGUUCAAACGCCUACGCCAGUCAAUGAUUUAUCAAAAACAGAGCACACAAAAAGCUCGUUCCGAAUUCACAGAAUGAGGAGAAUGGGGUCAGCCUCCAGGAAAGGCAGAGUGUUUUGCAAUGCAUGCGGCAAAACUUUCUAUGACAAAGGUACUCUUAAAAUCCACUACAAUGCUGUGCACCUGAAAAUCAAGCAUCGAUGCACUAUUGAAGGCUGCAAUAUGGUCUUCAGCUCUCUCAGAAGCCGCAAUCGCCACAGUGCUAACCCCAAUCCCCGUCUCCACAUGCCUAUGCUAAGGAAUAACCGCGACAAAGAUCUAAUUCGUGCUACAUCAGGCGCCGCCACUCCUGUCAUAGCCAGUACAAAAUCCAACCUAACUUURACAAGCCCUGGGCGUCCACCGAUGGGGUUUACCACUCCCCCUCUAGACCCGGUACUACAGAACCCUCUUCCCAGUCAACUGGUCUUCCCAGCUUUGAAGACUGUCCAACCUGUUCCUCCAUUUUACAGAAAUUUACUUACUCCUGGAGAGAUGGUGAGUCCUCCAACCUCACUCCCUACCAGUCCUAUCAUACCAGCAGUGAGUGGCCUGGAGCAGCAUCCCCCUCCUCCUUCGGAGUCAUCGGUACCUUCAGUGUUGAUGCCCACCCCAGAGCCCAAUGCAGACCUUGCUCCCAAGAAGAAGCCAAGGAAGUCAAGCAUGCCAGUUAAAAUUGAAAAGGAAGUUAUCGACACUGCUGAUGAGUUUGAUGAUGAAGACGAAGAGGUGAAYGACAGGACAGCGAUGGUGAAUGACAUUGGUCAUGACAAUCACUGCCAUUCUCAGGAGGAAAUGAGCCCAGGCCUGUCUGUGAAAGACUUUUCCAAAAGUGACAGAACCAGAUGCAUUUCCAGACCAGACAUAAGAAGGGCAGACAGCAUGACAUCAGAAGACCAGGAGCAUGAGAGAGACUAUGAAAAUGAGUCAGAGUCUUCAGAGCCCAAAUUGUGUGAAGAAUCCCUGGAAGGCGAUGAUCGCCUCCAUGAACCCGGUGAAAAAUCUAUGAUGCACAGUGACAGACCAGAUGAAAACCACAAUGACUCUUCCAACCAGGAUGUCAUUAAGGUGAAGGAAGAGUAUACAGACCCUACAUAUGAUAUGUUCUAUAUGAGCCAAUAUGGACUGUACAAUGGAGGCAGUGCCAGUAUGGCUGCUCUUCAUGAAAGUUUCGCUUCUACAUUCAACUACAGCAGCCCUCAGAAGUUCUCCCCAGAAGGUGAAAUGUGCUCCAGCCCAGACCCCAAGAUCUGCUAUGUUUGCAAGAAAAGUUUCAAGAGCUCCUACAGUGUAAAGCUUCACUACCGAAAUGUUCAUUUAAAAGAGAUGCAUGUCUGCACAGUGGCUGGCUGUAAUGCUGCGUUCCCAUCACGGAGAAGCAGAGACAGACACAGUGCUAACAUAAACCUGCACCGUAAACUGUUGACCAAAGAACUGGAUGACAUGGGCUUGGACACUUCACAGCCUUCUCUUAGUAAGGACCUCCGCGAUGAAUUUUUGGUGAAGAUAUAUGGCGCUCAGCAUCAGAUGGGGCUUGACAUAAGGGAAGACACCUCCUCGCCUGCUGGUACUGAGGAUUCCCAUAUGAAUGGGUACGGCAGGGGCAUGGCAGAAGACUAUAUGGUACUAGACCUGAGCACCACCUCCAGCAUCCAGUCCAGCAGCAGUAUCCAUUCCUCAAGAGAAUCUGAUGCAGGAAGCGAUGAGGGUAUUCUCCUGGACGACGUCGAUGGGGCAAGUGACAGCGGGGAAUCUGCCCACAAAGCAGAUGCUCCUGCCUUAGCUGUAGGUAUGGGCACCGAUGUCCCAGGAUCCCUCAUGUUCAACAGUGUUUCGGUGAGCAACGGUGGGAUAAUGUGUAACAUUUGCCACAAAAUGUACAGCAACAAGGGAACCCUCAGAGUGCACUAUAAAACGGUGCACUUGCGAGAAAUGCACAAGUGCAAGGUCCCUGGGUGCAACAUGAUGUUCUCCUCUGUCCGUAGCCGAAACCGGCACAGUCAGAACCCCAAUCUGCAUAAAAACAUUCCUUUCACUUCCGUAGAUUAGUUCAAGGAUGGACACAGGAUAAUGCCAGCUCUCAGAGAGGGCCCACUACAUCUGAACUGCCAUAUACAGUCUCCCUUUUUAUAUAUAUAUAUAUGUGUAUAUAUAUAUACACACACACAAAUAUACAUAUAUAUAUAUAAUCUUUUCCUUUUCUUUUUUAGCAAAAGAAAGAAACACCAGGUGCUUUUUGCCCUUUGUUGGUUGUU